AUGCCCCUCGUUGGGUUUGGUAUCUGGAAGGUGCCCCGCGAGACUACGGCCGAUGCCGUCUACAACGCCAUCAAGCUCGGCUACCGCCAUAUUGAUGGUGCUCACGACUACACUAAUAGCGCUGAGGCCGGUGUUGGCGUUCGAAAAGCCAUUGCGGACGGUCUGGUGAAGCGCGAGGAGCUGUUCAUCACCUCCAAGCUGUGGAACAACUACCACGCCCGUGAGCAUGCCAUCGAGAUGGCUCAUGUCGAGAACGAGAACUGGGGUGUUGGCUACCUCGAUCUCUUCCUCAUCCACUUCCCAAUUGCCCAGCGUCACAUCCCCAUGUCUGAGCUCAAGUGGCCCUGCUUCUGGAGCGACAAGGAGCAGACCAAGGUGACAGAGCAGGUCCCCGUCCCCAUUGCCGAGACCUGGGCCGCUCUGGAGACUCUGGUCAAGACCGACAGCAACCCCAAUGGCAUUCUGCACUCCAUUGGUGUUGCCAACUUCAACGCUCAGCUGGUCUACGACCUCCUGAGAUCCGCCAAGAUCCACCCUGCCGUCAACCAGAUCGAGCAUCAUCCUUACCUGGUUCAGCCCCAGCUCAUCACCAUGCUUCAGGAGAACAACAUUGUCGUGACUGCGUACUCCAGCUUCGGUCCCCAGUCCUUCGUCGAACUGAACAACAAGCGUGCUGUCGGUGCCCAGCCCCUAUUUGAGCACUCUGCUGUCACCAAGGUGGCAGAGAAGUACGGCAAGACUCCCGCACAGGUCCUCCUUCGAUGGGCGACCCAGCGCGACAUCAUCGUCAUCCCAAAGUCGAACAGCAGCGAGCGUCUGGCGCAGAACUUGGCCAGCACAGACUUCGACCUGACUUCUGAGGAGCUGGAGUCGAUCUCGGCGCUAGACAAGGGCCUUCGCUUCAACGACCCAGCUGAUCUCAGCACCCCGAUCCGAAUCUUCGCAUAG